AUGCCAACAACAGAAGUAACAUUUAUGCGCACCUUGGUCACUGUUCUAUCUCAAGAACCGGAUAAUGAACAGAAAGUUCUUAAAACCUUAAAACAUGCCCAUACACGAGCAUCUGAACUUGGUUCUGAUUGCUUCUUUGGAAAAGAUGAGGUUGGAAUACGUGAGCUACAUUGGUUUGCUGUGACUUCAUGGAAUUAUGGUACAAAGACAGGACAUGAUAAGAACUAUGAGUUGUCUGCUGAGUUUUUAGGACUUGCAUCAAAUUUUUACGCUCUAGUUAAAGGGUCUAAUGAUGAGAACAAUGUCAUGGUUUGUAAGUCAUCAAUGAUAGCUUUAGAAUUUCAGAGGAAGGCUGCUAUGUCAGAAACUGAAGUCAAACAAGCUGUAACUUUACUAGAUAGAGCUGGGCAGAUGCUAAAAUCAAAUUCAGCUGGGAACUCUGUUAAUUAUAGCCAAUACCAUUGCACCUGA